UAAGAGCAUCCACUCUGGGUGUCGUCUUCCUGCUGGCUCCGGUGUUGCUACGGGAGCCGAAUGUUGUCAUGUUGCAGAGUUGCGAUUGCCUUCGCCGGAAGCUGCGCGGUGAGUGUCCUGAACUUGACGCGGGUCUCCGCGCUCCGCACUGGGCAGUGACGCCGCAGAGCAGCCGCUGUGCGCGGGGCCGUCCGCUGCUGCAGCACUUGCGUUCAGCCCGGAGAGCCGGCGGACGGACGCCACCGUCCGGAACCGCGGCUCCGUCGCUGCCUUAAACCUUUCCGCAGGCGGUCGUGCUCGGACAGCAUCUCCUCAGCGAUGGCUCGUCCGGUGGCAGACUCGGGGCAGCAUCCCGUCAACUCUGCGGCGGAGUCCGCUCUUCAGGAGGCGCAGAAAUGGAUCGAGGCUGCCACGGGGAGAUCGUUUGGUGAGAAGAAUUUCCAAGGCAAUUUGGACAAUGGGAUCCUUUUGUGCGAGUUGUUGAGUUCCAUAAAGCCUGGCCUAGUGAAGAAGAUCAACAGGCUGCCAACACCCAUAGCUGGUUUGGACAACCUAACCGCCUUUCUGCGUGGCUGUGAGGAACUGGGACUGAAGGGCUCUCAGCUGUUCGACCCUGGAGACCUGCAGGACACAUCCACACGCCCCACUGCCAAGGGAAGUGACUGUAGUCGAAGACUCAAGAAUGUUUUAAUCACCAUCUACUGGCUUGGUCGCGCUGCCAACAGCUGCACCUCCUACAGCGGGCCAACCCUGGACCUGAAAGAGUUUGAGGCUCUGCUGUCACAAAUGCGAAAGGAGGCAGAGGACACGGAAAGCCCACUUUGCAGCACCCGGGACAGUGGCUAUAUCGACUGCUGGGACUCUGAGCGCAGCGACUCUCUGUCUCCGCCGCGUCACGGGCGCGAGGAUUCAUUCGACAGCCUGGACUCCUUCGGUUCUCGCUCACAGCAGACACCAUCACCAGAUGUCCUGGUUGUCCGCGGCAGUAGCGAUGGCCGUGGCAGUGACUCCGAGUCUGAUGGUCUUCCAAACAGGAAAAUACCAGACAUCCACAAGGAUGACAUGUUAGCACGGCGAACAUCAGUCACUGAGCUCCGGACCGCCAUGCCAUUCAACCAAUACCUGCCCAAUAAGAGCAAUCAGAGUGGGUACAUACCGCUGCUGCUCCGCAAGAAGAAGAGCAACAAAGAAGCAGACGGAGGCGGGAGCUGGAGUACUGCCACGUCACCUGUGGGGGGGAAUAGGCCGUGCAGUACUCCAGCUCGCUCAUGGUCAGAGGAACUCCUUCCCCAUUCAGCAUCUGUUGUAACAAACACCAUCAACGCAGCUGGAGGACAUCAGACGGAAACACACCCAGAGGAUGCAGGAGGCACAGGUGCAAAGGGAGGCGAUGCACCGGCUCUUCAGAGCCUGGCCUUGACUACUUCUGACUUCCAUGUGUUGCCCAGUGCCAUGGCAACCACUUCAGCGGGAGCAUCAGAUACAGACCGACAGAAGGGAAGGACACUAAGUGAGAGAGAUGAUGUAAAAGAAGAGAAGCCUUGGUUGGACUUUCUUCCAGCAACGAGUAUGAGCAUGGUGGACAUGCACGGUGAGGAAAACAGGCUGCAGCCACACAGUCAGGUGCGUCACGAGGGGAUGUUCAACCAGUACAACCAGAUGAAGGAGGACGAGAGUCACUGGCAGGAUGAUCUGGCUCGAUGGAAAAGCCGUAGGAGGAGUAUAUCUCAGGAUCUCAUUAAGAAAGAGGAGGAGAGGAAACUGAUGGAGCAGUUAUUGACAGGACAUGCAGAUCUCUCUCAGAGGAGAAGAAGCAUCAAGACCUACAGAGAGAUAGUCCAGGACAAAGAGCGCCGUGAGGAGGACCUGCGACAGGCGUACAAACAAGCAAAAACUCCAGAGGAAGCAUCGGCCAUCCUGCAGCGCUACGCACAGCGCUUCUCCAUCAGUGAAACCAUACUGGAACGCCUGCAGCUGCCAAAGCUCCUGGACCGCAGCGUGUCCGCUGACCCUUCCUUCCCAAUCUCUCUGUCAGCCUCUCCCACAACUCCAGAUCCUUUUGAUGAAGGCCCAGACGGGCCCAUGAAAUAUCUGCGACAACAAUCAGCACCAACUCCAAAGUUCACAUCAACGCUGGAGGCACGAAUAGGAGAGAUUCCCAAAGAGCCAUCGUCCCAGCAGAGGCUCCCCGUCCGCUCUCGCUCAUCUGAGCCGCCUUCAACCCGAGCCCUCUCCCCCAAAGCUGUGCCUUUGCUCUCCCCCAAGCCUUACAUCCAGCCCCGAAGUGCAGCAGCUGAAACCUGGGACAGCAAGGCAGGAAGUGUAAACGGUGAUGACGGCAGUGACACCCCUCACAUGAAGCCUCAGAGCGAAGGCAGAGAAACUCCUAAUUUCCAGGCAUCUUCCCCCUUGUUUGGAAACAAUCCUUCAACCUACACCGAUGAGGGAGAAAGUCCAUCCUCGACAACAGCCUCUCUAACUCACAGCCGCUCUGACGCAGCUCCCCAAGAGCACGCCAGGGAGCGCUCCACACCCCCCAGCCGCCCAACGUCACUCCCAGAGAAGCUGCAAAAGCCAGAAGAAGGUUUUCAGACUGUGGGUCACACGGAGGCACCGUUAAACACAAGUCGACUAGCGCCAUCUGCAGAAGCCAAACAAGAGGAAGAGGAAGCAGAAAUAUCCAGUGAAAGCCUCUGCAGGCUAAUCCAGUCAGAAACACACAUGCAGAAAAACAGGCUCAAAAGCACAGCGGAUCCCUCACAAACAGAGAAGGAGCUCGGCUCAGAGGUGUCAGCAUUGUUUGGUCCUCAGCCCUCGAGGGAAACGCCAGGAGAGUUUGAAAUCAGUGUCAGGUCUCUGCAGGCAACCAGCAACCCUAAGUUACGCUGGGAGUUCUUCGCUGUGCCAGAGGACGCAGGAAAGGAUCAGCGCAGAAACGUUUCAGUGCCGGUGUUUCCCCAGGCCAAGCGGGAAGACCGCUGGUCUUGGGACCCGGAUGAGGAGCGAAAGCGUCAGGAAAGGUGGCAGCAAGAGCAGGAGCACAUGCUGCAGGAAAAGUACCAGCGUGAACAGGAGAAGCUGAAGGAGGAGUGGGAGAAAGCGCAGAGGGAGGUGAUGGAGGAGGAGAAGAAAUAUCGUGAGGAGGAACGAAGGAUACUGGAGGAAACCGUGAUGCCGCUGACGCCCCGCUCUCCAGCCGGACCCUCGCCCAGCCAGGGGGAGCAGAUGUCCUCCUCUGGGCCUCGGGACACAAUCUUCCAGUCAGCAGCUGAGCGGCGACACAUACAGGAAGUGCUGGAGGGUCAGGCAAGAACGGUGGCGUGGAAACGGAGAGAGGAGAACGGGAUGAGUAGCAUCAGCACGGCUGAGGACAGCUCCAGAGCCGGCAGAAGCUUGGUGAGUCGGAGCAGCGGUCAGGCAGAGAGUUCUGUCCAAUCACCUUUUCCAGCCCGAUCUGCAACUCCAGUGAGAACGCCACAGGAGCCCCAGGCAGACAGCAGCAGACCCGGCCGGCCUGCUGGAGAGCGAAGUUCCAGGAGUGAGCUGAUGGUCACAAACACCGGCCACAGCUCGCCAAAGCCUCCGGCAGCACGUCCGCCAGCAGCCGCCACUCAGCCUCCAGCCUCCUGCAGGUCUGUCAGUGGGAAGAAGCUCUGCUCCAGCUGCAGUCAGCCUUUAGGGAAAGGUGCAGCAAUGAUCAUCGAGACUCUCAGUCUCUAUUUCCACAUCCACUGCUUUAAGUGCGGUGUGUGCAAAGGCCAGUUAGGCGACACAACCACCGGCACCGACGUCCGGAUCAGGAAUGGCCUCCUUAACUGCCACCAGUGCUACAUCCGCUCCCGCUCGGCUGGACAGCCAACUACCUUGUGAUGCUGAACUGGAAAGCAUGAAGAGGAAACUCAUCCCAGUUUAACCAGAUUGUGUGCAGCGUGUCGGGACGCUUGCUUCCCCUGCAGCCCGAUGACCACAGAAAAUUCAGGAUGCUCAAGAAUAUGAUGUUUGUGUCUUUGAAUCUGUCAGUCAAAUAUGGAUUUGAUUGGUCCCUGAGCAACCACGUUUAACUGCAUAGUAAGGCCCGUGUCAUGUUGGACAAAGACGUUAGCAGGUUUCCUCAGUGAGCUCAGAUGAUGCGAAUCCCAGAACCACAACAGCCAAAUGUUGCUCUGAAUUAGAAGAAUAUUAAAGUUUCUUUUCUUUGAAGAUGAGUCAUUUUGCAGAGAGAACACAGAUCAACCUGGAUGUUUUAGGGAUCUACUGACUGGAUCUGACAGUUAACAUUUAUUUGAAUUCUCUUUUUUCAAGUAAUAUAUUCAAAGAAACAGAAGCUUUGUCUAAAAGGUGCAAAGUUUUCCCUUUUAACUGAAUAAUAAUAUGACUUGUUGGUAUAUUUGUAACCUUCUCCGGCACUGCGACCUCUCCUGUAGUGCAGACUGAUGCAGGAUGCUUUGAGCUGUUUCUGUACUUCUGCUUGAAGCUGUUUGCUGCUCUGGGAUCCGUUUGGAAGGAUGUUGAUGUGCCUUAGGAAAGCACCCAGACGCAGAGAAAACAUGUUUAUUGUUUUUGCUUAGAACUCAUUCACUGGCCAAAACCCCUCUAGAAAGGUGCAAACGUUCAUUUGCAGUCCUUCAUUACUCUACUUUUAGGUAAUGAGUGUUCUUCAUGACAAAUGAAACCACCAGAUGAUUCCAGAGUGCAGCUGUGACAGCAGCUCCCUCACAGAACAGAGAAAAGUGUCAGAUGUGUCGACUGACACGGCUGUAACCUCCUUCAUUUCUAAUGAUUAUGAGUUAUGACGGCGUAAUAAACAUUAGCUUUGUGUUUUAGAGCAGGUCUGACUGUAAGAGUACAGUAAGUGGAGUAAACGCAGGAGGCUGUGGGUGUACUGUGGUAUAGACUUCUCUGGUGAACUUAGUUUUUCACUAGAACAGUGAAAAUAUUUAAAAAGUCAAAAAAAUUCCCGAUGUUUCCUUCAGUUACACUACAAGGUAAAAUGGACACAUGCCAGCAGCUGCUGCGUCAGUAUUCACUCAGAAUAAAAACAAUGGCUACCAGCUUCACAUUUUAACUUUUAUUUACUUGAAUGAGAAAAUGUUGAUUUGCAAAAAAGUGCAUGUUUAAGCUAAAGCCAAAAGAAUGAUGAACCUGGCUCUCCUUCUGCCGCCUCAUCUGCGUCCUCCAGCGGGGGUCUCUCUCAUCUGCUGUAUUCUGAAGCUUCCGUUCUGGUUGUGUAUUUUAUCUUUAUGCUUAUUUAGUUCAAAAUACAUGGUAGCUGGGUCUCUAGUGGUGGGACCUCUGAGACCCAUAGUGGAACAUGAACAUGUUGUGUCUGUUCUGUAUUUAUUGUAAUAUGUAUCUAAACACUAUCAAGAAUGUAGGUUCAUUUGAUGUUUAAAUGCAAUGGCAUUUGUUAUGACAUAUUUUAUGUUUAUAAAUAAAAUGUUACAAACUAG